AUGUUUACAACAAGAUUUGUGUAUAGAUUUGCUAAAUCUGUACCCGUGGUCGAUGUUACGGCCUUCCUCGCCAAAAAGGGGGACACCUCUGCACAAUGUGCCCAAGUAGCAGAGGCUCUCCACAAUUACGGUGCCAUUUGCAUCAAGGAUCCCCGAGUUAAUGACCGUCAUAAUGUCGACUUUUUGGAUAUGAUGGAAAAGUAUUUCGAAUCCAGAGCUGCCAAAUUCUAUAACGAUGAAAAGGUAUCCGCAUGGUUUUAUUCAAGGUUGAAGAUAUCUUCCCAAAUUAUGCAUAUCAAGUUGGAGCUACACCAGAGUUCGUUGAAAAGGCCAGAACUCACAAUAAUAUUGUCAAAUAAUAUACCAAGGAAAAUGAAGCCUUGACUCCAUAACCAGCUCCUUAUGUAAUAUCCAUCUCUAUCUCUAGGAUGCCAAGUGGAGAUUCUUUUGGCCCAUCGAUGACUCAGGCAAACGAACCAAAGAUGAAGAGUAUUAGAUUUAGACUUAUAUUAUUAUAGUUUCAAUCCUCCAAGAUUCAGACCCAAGGAUGUUCCUUAGUUUGGAGAACGAAUGGAAUAGUGGGGCAAGAUGAUGAUCAAUGGAUGCUUGACUGUGGCUGAGAUGGCUGCUAUCGGUAUGAGCAUUCCUGCUGACUCUUUUACCAGUAGAAUGUAAAAUGGACCUCACUUACUUGCACCAACUGGUUCUGAUCUGGAUAGACAUAAACCAGGAACCAUCUUCGCAGGAUUCCAUUAUGAUUUGAAUUUCCUCACCAUCCACGGCAAGAGUCGUUACCCUGGUUUGUAUGUGUGGUUGAGAAAUGGAGAGAGAAUCUCAGUAGCUGUCCCAGAAGGCCACUUACUCCUAUAGGCAGGUGCCCAGUUUGAUUUGCUCACUGGUGGGUAUGUGACUUGUGGAUAUCAUGAAGUAUUUUACAAUCCCAAUCUAGGUCAUCUAUACUGAAGAGGCCAAGAAAAAAUAUGAAGAAAACAAGAAAGUCGGUAAGAGCACUUGGAGAGUCUCAUCAACCCUAUUUUCGCAUAUUAAUUCUGAAGUUACUCUUUAACCAUUAGAUAAAUUCGCUAAGCAAGGAUUGCCACCAAAAUACAAGCCCAUCAAGGCAUUUGAUUAGGUCUAACAGGAAUUGGAAGCCAUCAAAUUAAAGUUAUGAUGCAUAUAAAUAGAUUUGUAUAUGGC